AGACAACCAAGGGCUAUUCUGAGGAGAGACAAUGGAGCCAGAGAGAAUGGCCCCUGGGACCCAGAGACCCUCAUCCCAGGAGUUGGUGACAUUCAAGGAUGUGGCUGUGGAUUUCACCCAGGAGGAGUGGCGCCUCUUGGACCAUUCUCAGAGAGAGCUGUACAAGGAGGUCAUGCUGGAGAAUGUCCAGACCCUGCUCUCUGUGGGAAUUCCAGUCUCUAGAGAAGAUCUGAGCUCCCCUUUCCAGGAAGGUCCAAGGGGCUUCUGUCCAGGUGUAGAGACCAGGUUUGAAGUGAAGGAUAUGCCUACCAUGGUGACUACAAUGACUACAAUUUCUAUGGAAGAAUUUGGCCAGCAUAGAUUUGAGAGUGAUGGUGCUUGUACCUUCAGUUUGAGAGAAAUCUGUGACUCUAAUACCAAGGUGGAUAAAAAUCCUAAAAGAAUCUGUGAGUUUGGUGAAAUUGGAAAGAGAUUCAUACAGUCUAAAGUUGAAAAUAACAGUAAGAGAAUGACCUCAUGGAAUGACUUUUUUCAGGAUGGUGAAGGUAAUAAUAAAUGCUUUCCUAAACAACUGGAGGCUUUUAAGGCUCAGGAGAAAUCUCUUGAAAUGCAGAUGUAUCGAGGGAGUCAUCUGGAAAUGGCCAUGAAUUUGAAUUCUAAUGUCAUUAGAAAUCAGAAAAGUUCUAUUGGAGAAAUGCUUUAUGGAAGUAAAAGAGGUAGGAAAGCCUUCAAUCAGAACUCCAAGCUCAUUACUCUUCAGAAAUCUCGCAUUAGAAAGGAGCCUGUUGAAUAUAAGGAAUAUGAAAAAAUCACAUCCCAUCACUCAUCUCUUCCUUGCCGUCCUAGUUUACGUCAUGAAAUGAAAAGAUAUGCAUGUCAUCCCUGUGGAAAUGCUUUUGGUUGCAACUUAAAUCUUAUUAGGCAUCAGAAGAUUCACAUUGGAAAAAAGUUUUAUAAAUGUUAUCAAUGUGGAAAGACUUCCACAGGGAGAUCCAGUCUUGUUGCACGUCAGAGAAUCCACACUGGAGAGAAUCCAUAUAUAUGUCAUCAAGAAUCCCCAGUGUAG